UCCCUGCAAGCCAUAUUUCUUUUUUUCUUUUUCUCCCUUCUGCUGCUUCUCCCUUCCCUGUCGAGCCCGUGAUCCCCUGCACCUCUCUUUCCUGUUUCAGCUUCAAUCUCAUACAUCCCGUCCAAGCAAGCAUCCCGUUUCUUUCCUUUCUUGUUUCUCCUCAGCAAUGACAACUUUGAACGUGUGUUUUUUUUCUUUUUCUUGGCUCAUUUUCAGUCUGUCGUGCCUGCUACCUUUCCUCUCGGUCUGCUGCAAAUUCUCAUGCAAAAAAAAAAAAAAGGACAACGGUCAACUCCUGACCGUUGCCCCUCGUCCCCCAUUUUUUUUUUGUCUUAUUCCUCCUCCUUCUCUUCUCCUUUCUUUUGCUUCUUUCUUCUUCCAGAGGACCGAAAAAAAAAACCCGAGAACGAAAACCCUAGCUCCUGACCUCACUCUCACUCCAUUUUUUUUCGAAACCCUAGCCGCAACAUCGCGGGCUCAAAACAAAAAACGAAAAAAACCUCAGCUCUUCUUCCCCUCGGCUCCCUCUCAUCACGGCGGUCAGUUCAUUCACUCCCUCUCACCGACCCUCACAGCUGGUUCUCUCAACCGGCUCCCCCACGGACAGCAGCCGGCAACUCAGGAGUUCAAGGGCUCCCUGAGCUUGAGCUCUCCCUCAGCUGCUGGCGCCCCCGACACAACUCCCUCAGUUCGAUCCUCCUAGCGGAGGCUCCCAGCUCGCUCACGGCUUCCCUUGAGCUCCCGCCGAACCCUGAGCUAAACCAAUGCUCGAGCUCUCCUUUUUUUUUUUCAUUCGGUGUUAUGUACGUCAUCUUCAGCUUGUUUCUGCCGCUUGUUUCCCUUCCUUUUUGCAGGUCCGAGAUCCCCGAAUCCGACGAGUCGCUGUAUCGUUGCACCUUCCUUCGAGAUCCCCGAGUUGGUUUGUCGACAUGUCGAGGGAUUUUCGAAGUUCACGAGGCUCCUCCUGACAUCGGCUCAGGAGAGGAUGGAGAGCGCGUGGGGCAAGGACCGUCGGGAGUUCCGACCGGAGAGGUGACUGGAAUCGGACGGCGCCCUCGGGGUGGUCUGCCGGCAGGAGAGCCCCUUCAAGUUCCCGGUGCUCCAUGCCGGCCCCAGGAUGUGUCUCGGGAAGGACAUGGCUUACAUUCAGAUGAAGUCGAUCGCGGCGUCGGUCUUGGAGAGGUUCACAAUCGACGUCCAGGAUAGUGACACGUGUCGGGAACCCCUUGUUGUCUCUUACCCUAAGGAUGAAAGGGGGGGCCCCCGUGAAAGUGAAUCCCCGGCCAGGGGAUGAGGUGGAUCAUCGUACCUCUUACUAUACUUGUACAUCAGACAUUUUCUAUAGUAUAGCAAGUACUUUGUACAAGAUUUCUGGAAAUUCUAGCAUAACAUGGCAUU